GUGCUUAAUCGACCCAACAAGGCAACGCACGUCUAUAUAUAAAUUAGCAAAAGAGCCAAUCAUCUUUCAACACACUUGCUAUUCUCGGUGUAGCCAAAAAGUUAAAAUUUAAAAAGACCAAGUUUGAUAGUUUUGUUUUCUUCUUCACUCUUUCUCUUUUUUUUUAAUUUUUUAACAUGGUCAAGUCAACCUUCUUGUUUGCUGCUAUUGCUGCCACUUUCUCUGCCCUCACUCAAACAGUUUUGGCUGAUAGCGAUGUUCUUUCUUUGACAGAUAAGACUUUCGAUCAAGAAGUGUCUAACCAAGAUUUGAUGUUGGUUGAAUUUUUUGCUCCUUGGUGUGGUCACUGUAAAGCUCUUGCUCCUGAAUAUGAAAUUGCUGCUACCACUCUUAAGGACAAGAUUAAGCUUGCCAAGGUUGACUGUACUGAAAAUCAAGACCUCUGUCAAAAGCAUGGUAUUCAAGGUUACCCUACUCUCAAGGUCUUCAGAGGUACUGAAAGCACUGAUUACAAGGGUGCUCGUAAGGCUGACGGCAUUGUGAGCUACAUGCAAAAGCAAGCUGCUCCUGCUCUUGCUGAUUUGGAUGCCACCAACUUCACUGAAUUCAAGAACUCUGACCGUGUUGUCGUUGUUGGUUAUGUCAAGGAUGAAGAAUCUAAGGCCACUUUGAAGUCUGUUGCUGAUAAGAUGCGUGACGACUUCCUCUUUGGUGUUGUUACUGAUGAAGCUCUUGCUAAGGAACACGAAGUCACUUUCCCUUCUGUCGUCGUCUACAAGCAAUUCGAUGAAGGCCGUAAUGACCUCGCUGGUGCUUUAGAUGCUGAUGCCAUUAAGGAAUUCGUCAAGACUAGCUCUGUUCCUCUUUUGGAUGAAAUCGAUGCUUCCAACUUCCAAUCUUAUGCCGAAUCUGGUCUUCCUUUGGCUUACAUUUUCCACGACAAUGCUGACGACCAAAAGCGUCUUACCGAAAUGGCUGCUCCUUUGGCCAAGAAGUAUAAGGGCAAGAUCAACUUUGUUCACAUUGAUGCCAACAAGUACGGUGCCCACGCUGAUAACUUGGCCUUGAAGCAAACAUGGCCCGCUUUCGGUAUUCAACACUUGGAUAGCGGCGCCAAGUUCCCCUUGGAUCAAUCUAAGGAACUCACUUUUGAAAACUUGGAACCCUUCUUGCAAGACUAUGCUGAUGGUAAGGUUAAGGCUACUGUCAAGUCUGCUGAAGCUCCUGCUGAUAACAAUGGUCCCGUCAAGGUUGUUGUUGCUAACGAAUUCAAGGAUAUUGUCUUGGACAAGUCUAAGGAUGUCUUUUUGGAAGUCUAUGCUCCCUGGUGUGGUCACUGCAAGCGUUUGGCUCCUACUUGGGAACAAUUGGGUAAAGCUGCCGCUGAACAAGAUCCUUCUAUUGUCAUUGCCAAGUUAGACGGUACUGAAAACGAUAUUCCCGAAGAAGGUGGUUUCGAAAUCACUGGCUUCCCCACUCUUAAAUUCUUCAAGGCCGAAACUAAUGAAUUGGUUGAUUACGAAGGUGAUCGUUCUAUUGAAGACUUGACCGAAUUCAUUUCUAAGCACAGCUCCAAGAAGACAAAGAUUGUUGUUCCCAAGGAAGAAGAAAAGGUUGCUGAAGACAAGGAAAAAGAAAAGGAACCUGUCAACACUCACGAUGAAUUGUAAAUUUCCCCUCUGCAUAUAUGUAUCCCCCCUUUUUAAUUUUCAUAGCUUAACAUAUCCAAUAAAAAAAAGUUCAUUUUGUGCAAUACC